CUUCUCGCCGCGUUUUGUGCUCGCAUCGCUGCGACUGCGCACGUGAUAGAUAGCAGCCGUGCGCAGCACUAGAUUCCACUCUCCACUCCUCCAGCGCGCGGCCCGUCCUCUGACCAUUCUUGUCUCCCCGUGGCAGCUUCGUGCCGGCAUGCCGUGGCGGACGUCAGGUUGCCAGAAAUGUCGGCGAAAUGCGGCGGCCUUGACAUCCUUCUGCAAAGUCGUUCACGGAAGAAGAGAUAACGUUUCCUGGCAUGCACACAGACGCCCUCACAUGCUGCUGCUGCUACUGCUGCUACUGUGCGUGUGUGGAGAGGCACCCGCGCAGAUCAUCCAGAUACCUCAACUGGACAUCUUGAAAGCACUCAAGGACGAGUGGGGCACUUUCUAUGGAAGUGACUCGUGGACUGGUGCGCAGUGUGGCCAGAUGUGGGGCAUUGCCUGCAACGCCAACGGCUUCAUUACCUCCCUGAGUAUCAUUGAGCAAACGCUCCUGACGCCCAUCCCCCCUGCCAUAAGCGGUCUGAGCUACCUUCAGUCCCUCACUCUGGCUGACUGCCACUUGACGGGCUCGCUGCCAUCUGCCCUCUUCACUCUGCACAGCCUCACCAAGCUGGACCUUAACUACAAUGAUCUCUCUGGCUCUAUCUCAACUAGCAUCAGCAAGUUGACCAACCUGGAAUACAUUGCAAUUCAAGGAAAUAGUCUGGAGGGCUCUGUGCCCGUCGAGAUGUCACGCUUGAAGAAACUCAAUCUCCUGAGACUCGGCCGCAACGCCCUGUCCGGUCCACUUCCACCCUUCAUUACCUCCUUCACCAACCUUGUCACCUUGAAUCUAGAUUUCAACAGUUUCAGUGGGAGUCUGCCGAACUCCCUGAUCCAGCUGCAAGGACUGACACGCCUGCACCUGGAGUACAACCGGCUUGAUGGAAGCCUGCCUUCGGCCCUUGGAGCCCUCACUCAGCUGUGCUACCUGAUGCUGGGCGGGAAUGACUUCUCAGGCACCAUGCCAUCGGCACUAGCCAGCUUGAAGAACCUGCAAGUCCUUUCCCUUCGUGGCCUUCGCCUCCAUGGCCUUGUGCCUCUCGCUCUCAGCUCCCUGCAGAAGCUGCAAUACCUGGAGCUGUCUUCCACAUCUCUAUCGGGGCCCUUGUUGCCCAUCGUGGCUCCCAUGACAAGCCUUAAGGAGCUAGUGGCGAGCUACAACCAGUUCACGGGAGAUGUGCCCAUCCCAGCGUCCAAGGCCCUGGCAGUUGUGGACGUCCAGAGCAACUACUUCUCCUCCGCCCCCACCCGCCCUAAAAACUGCUCCGCUGUUCGCUUCUUGCUGUUUGACAACUGCCUGCCGACCGCCCUGUGCGGGGUGAACCACGAGCAGAGGAGCAACGCGAGCUGUGCAGCAUUCUGUGGGGUGGGGCAGGGCGGGGCGCUGUGCAGUGGUCAUGGGUACUGCUUCAUGAACGACAGCAGCAGCACGGGCGAGUGUGUGUGCGAGGCACACUACUCCACUCGCAAUGGCCCCCACACAUGCACAUACACAGGAAAGCAAAGCGAAUCUCGACUUGAAUCCCUCACUGUUUGACACAUGCGUGCAUAUUGUUCUAACUGCACCACCAUGCCCCCACUCAUUUUUCUCUUGUAUGAAGCCAUAUCUCUCGAGCUUCUCUCACCCCCCUCCCCUGUCGAUUCCUAAUUAAUCAUGUUUUACCGU